UAGUUUUGUGUACAUUGACUUUAAGACCCAGUGUGUGGAGUAAAUUGACAUAUUUUGGCAUAUAGAGCAAUCUGCAGUAAACUAAAUAAAGGGUAAAUUGACUGUUUUUCUUUUACCUUCAUAGCAAACAAAGCUACUCAAGGCUGCAGUGGUAGGGCAACUAACCUAACUGCUCUUUGGGCUCUUAAAUAGCUUCUCACUGCUCCUCUUUUUGUCUCUGCACAAUGAUCAAAACAUAGAGCUCUUUCUCUUCGAAUGUGAUUGAAUGUCCUUUUAUUUAAUCAUCCACUCAUCAUACAGCUCUCUCUACAAAGUUUUUCUAAUCAGUGCUUUAGACCACGGGUACAGAUUGAAGGCAAUUUUUAGUGCCUUGCCUAGAGACACCUGGGUAUAUGACUGCAUACAGGUGGAACUGAACCUCUGACUCUCAAUGGAGGAUGACCUCUCUAACCACUGAGCUACAGCUGCCCCAGAUACCCCUUUCUACACUAAAAUGAAAAAGAAAAAGCCCAACUGGAGACUCUGGUUCAUGUUUUCUGUUGUAUUUAAUAAUUCUAGGUUCACAGGACUCCAAUUCCCUACACCCCUCUGUGUCUCGCUAAGGCUGUGAAGAAUGCUACUGAGAUAGAAGGCAUGAAAAUAGCCCACAACCUGGGUACUACGAAGAUGGAUUAUUCGGCAUUCGUAUUGAAAAUGUGGUCCUCGUUGUUCCAGCAAAGUCCAAACACAACUUCAGGAACAGGGGCAGUCUGACAUUCGAGCCUCUGACUCUGGUCCCGAUCCAAGUGAAAAUGAUGAACACUGAGCUGCUCACCAAAAAGGAGAAGAACUGGGUGAACGAGUACCACAGGAAGUGCCGGGAGGUGGUCGGAGCAGAGCUGGAGAGGCAGGGCAGGAAGGAGGCUUUGGAUUGGCUGAUCAAAGAGACCCAACCAAUCGCCUGAGGAUGAACUCUUUUACAAACUUCCUGGUUGCUCUGCAUUGAUAAUCGUUUGUACUUUUCUCAUCUUUCUGUGUCUUACACUCAGCUUCUUUUGUAAAGCACACUGUAUCACCAGUUUUAAUAAAGAUUGAUAAAAAUUAAAAACUUCAA